GCCAGGAGGCGAAGCGCUGUCAUUUGACACGCGGGACGGAGGCGAGGAGGUGCCGCCCAGCGCGGUGGAGGAGAGAGGAGCGGAGUGUGUCAGAGCCCCAGUGUUAGUGUCAGUGUUACAGCGCGGCGCUCUCACAGCGGCCCGCGGGCCCCCUUUGUUCGCAAAGCGCGCUUCCUUCGCUGCUUCGUACGCUGCUGCAGCGCCGCCGCAGCUACCGACGCGACGGGGCGGUCCGACCGACUCCGAACUGCGCGCGCGAGCAGCUGGAAGAACUGAGGAGGAAGAGCUGCGUUCUUCAUCACCGACACUGACUGACCGACUAAGUAACGUCAGAAGUCGGGCGGCUGACGCGUUUCGUGGGGGGGGGGAAGCCACAAGAGAGGCCCUUUUGGGCUGGCGAAGUGGCCCGAUAGCUGCUAGCUUGGAAGUCAAAGUUGCGCGAAGAAGCGAAGCUCGUGGCCCGCACCGUGUUUUUGGGGGGUAAAACCGCAAUCAAGCGGCUCAUCUGAUCUGCCGUCGACGCCGGUAAAUGCUCCUAACGAAGAUGGAUCUGCUCAACUACCAGUAUCUGGACAAGAUGAACAACAACAUCGGCAUACUUUGCUACGAGGGUAAAUGUGAUGCUCUGAGGAGUGACCCGAGGAUGCAGUCCAUGUCUGCCUUCAUCAGUGCCCACCGGACCGGGCCGCCUCCCAGCAGCCCAAGCAAGAGGAAGUACGGUGGGGAACAGCUGAAUGACCUUGCCGAGCCUGACAGCGAGCACGUGGCCAAGAUGAGCCGACUUCUUGCGGCCCAGAUAGGUAAGACGGUCCAUGGGCAGCACCGUCGAGAUCCCCGCGACCGGAGCCGAAGCCCCAUGGAACGUCCCCCUGUCAUGGGUCUUAAUAGCGCCCACAUGUACGGUCACAUGCCUGGGUUUGUUGUGGAGCAGCCGCUGGCGCUGACCAAGAACAGCAUGGACACCCCCCGCGCUGUUGCAGUCUCCCCAGCCAUGAGCCCUGUGGAGCGCCAGCAGAAUCGCCCUUCUGUGAUCACCUGUGCCUCUGCCAGCAACCGCAACUGCAACCUGUCACACUGCCACAUGUCGCACGGCAGCUGCUCCUCUAGCUACAGGAAGCCCAGCAACUCACCAGCCGACACGCCCUGUGACCCGGUGAUCGAAGAGCACUUCCGCCGCAGCCUGGGGAACAGUUACCGGGAGUCUGAUCUGCCAAGCUCGGUGUCCAUCACAGGAUCUGUGGAUGAGCACUUCGCCAAGGCCCUGGGUGAAGCCUGGCUGCAAAUCAAGGCCAAGGGCAGCGCCUCCAGCCCCAGCGAAGCCCUGAACCAGGACCGCUCCCCCUCUAUGGUCUCCUGAAUAGGGCCUGCUGGCCUCCUGUCUAAACCAUGCAUGGUUUGUCUGAGCUCAGAACAAUGCAAGUGUGUCAGUCUUUUGGAGGAAGGGGGAGAGCCAUUAUUAUUAUUAUUAUUAUUAUUAUUAUUAUUGUGUUUGCUGUUUUGGGGAUUCUUUAACAGAUCAAAUAAUAUGACAAAAUAUUUCUAUUUGAAGGUCAAAAUGGCACUCUAACCCUGCAGCCAGGCUGCCAAAGAACCCUGUUAAGAAAUCUCACCCUGGCUUACAUCCUUCCUGUCCUGCUCUGUCCUUUUGUGUAAACUCACUUCUUUUUACUCUACUUUUCCAUUUUGUAUGUUCUCUCAUGUUUGUUUUUACUUGAAAACGAAGGCCAGCUCAGAUUUGCACUACAAUGUUGGGUGCAGCGUUUGUUGUGUUCCCCCAGCCCCACAGAUGGAAUUCUGAAGGAGAAGACUGGGCUCUCGACUAUCACACCAGACUGAUGUCUCCAUAGCUGGUGCUCACAGCUGGACUGCAUGGUUUCCUGAUCACAUACGUUUUCCUGUCAUUUUAUCAAAG